AUGUAUUCCUCUGUGAGUUUAGCGCUUUUACUUAUUGUGUUACUUAACUCACUGUGGGUUAAAGCAACGGUUGUGGAGGACUUUAAUCAUGUCGAGAGAUGUAAAGACUCUCUUUACAUGGGCACACCACCAAGAGGUAUUAUCGAUACCAAAUUGAAAAAGAUCUGCCAGCGCUACGCUGACAAACCGCGUUAUGUGACCCUGUAUGACCCACGCAAACGCAUCCCGGUGUAUUCUGCGUAUACUUUCAAGAAAACCGAGGGAGAUCGACGAGUGGACUACCCCUGGAUGUACGAGCCACAGCUGGCAGAGGUGGAUGGCAAUGGUAACAUGCUACCUUUCCCCACGGGCUAUUUACACAUGAAGUUUGAAGACAGUCAGGCAGUCCUCGAUGACUAUUCUGAUGUGGUUCUUUAUGAAAGAGGCCAUCUGAACCCUGACCAGCAUCAGUCAGACCCACACGACAGAGCCGCCACCUAUACCCUGACCAACGUGGUGCCAGAGAUCAGGGAGUUCAAUAUCGGGCCGUGGCGAGAGCACGAAGAGCGGCUCAGGGUGCGUCUCAACAACUACUGUCGUGGAACUGCCUUCAUCGUCACUGGGGUGACCACUGCUGGCCACAUGAUCCGCCGAAACAAUCAAGAUCGGGUCGCGAUCCCCGAGGACGUCUGGUCAGCUUACUGCUGCACUGAAUACGAUCGUAAUGCUCCGCAUGACGUUCGUAUCCGAUUCCCGUCCCAGGGUUUCCUCGCUAAGAACGCCAAAGAGGGGAACGCUGUUCACGAGAUGACUGUCCAGGAACUGGAAAACUUCCUGAAGACUAGAAUGGAUGUGGAUCAGAAUCUGCAGCUCUUCUAUGACAACUGCAUCUCUCCCUCUCCUCUACCUUUGUACCUCCAUCAUACUAUAUGAAGGGA